CAAUGUCUGCUUUCUUUCAGAUCUUGAAUUAAUUCCAGCAUGGCAGAGUAUGGGAUCUCUCUCGGUGAACAAGUGGCUGUGGUUUGCGAUAGUUACGCCUCUCCCGAGGCACUUCAGAAAUUUGUCCAGGACGUUCAAGCAAUUAUUGGAGCUGAAAAUCAGGUUUCUGUAGAAAACGUCAAUCAACUGCUUUAUUCCUCCCACAAAGAGUCCAGCUUUGAUGUGGUUCUUUCAGGACUGGUUCCUGGCAGCCUAACACAGCACAGUGCAGAGCUUCUUGCUGAAAUAGCUCGGAUUGUCAAGCCUGGAGGCCGUGUCCUUUUGAAAGAAGCAGUGACCACCGAAACAG